CCCCUCGAACUCCCCCGUGCUUAUAUCAAGGGUGUGGGCACACCUCUUUCUUCCUCACAAAUUGUCCCCGUCCUCUUCUCGACCCCUCCUCCCCAUGCACAACGUGGUCCUGAAGGUUUUGUGACACAUAGACUGAGUGAUACGAGACGGAAACGAGAAAGGGUCUAGGCUUGCUCCUUCUACAGCAAAAGUACUAGGAGGGAGAGGGGGAGAGAGGAGAGAAUCCAGAGCGUGAUUCUAGGUUGAAGCGGAGGGGAACAUUUAGAAGAGGGGGGACGGGGUAGAUGAUGGAGACAGAGAUGCAAACCCGAUCGCAGCUGGAAGCAGCCGAGGAAGGUGCAGGUCGUCGUUCCAUCUUCGCCAAAGCCAGCCAUCCGGUUACAAUCAAGUUCGAGGAUGUGGUGUACAUGAUCAAAACCAAGGCAAACGGCUCAAAGAAGGGCGAGAAGACGAUACUGAAGGGGGUAUCGGGGGCCGUGGUGCCGGGGGAGAUGCUGGCGAUGAUGGGACCCUCAGGGAGCGGAAAGACCACCCUGCUUACGGCCCUGGGUGGUCGCCUCGCCCGCCCAGGCCGCCGCCUCUCCGGUAGCAUCACCUACAACGGUCGGCCUUUCUCCAACUCGCUCCGGCGCAAUAUGGGCUUCGUAAACCAGGACGACAUCCUGUACCCCCACCUCACCGUCUCCGAGACCCUCCUCUACACCGCCCUCCUCCGCCUCCCGCGUACCCUCUCCCGCGACGAGAAGGCCGCCCAGGCCGAGGCGGUCAUGGCCGAGCUCGGCCUCCUGGGCUGCAGCAACAGCAUGAUCGGCGGGUCCCUCGUGCGCGGAAUCUCCGGCGGGGAGCGCAAGCGGGUCAGCAUCGGCCAGGAGCUGCUCAUCAACCCCAGCCUGCUGCUCCUCGACGAGCCCACCUCCGGCCUCGACUCCACCAUCGCCGGCCGGAUCGUGACCACCAUCGCCGACCUCACCCGGGGGGGCAGGACCGUGCUGAUGACCAUCCACCAGCCCUCCAGCCGGAUCUUCUACAUGUUCCACAAGAUCCUGCUGCUCUCCGACGGCCACACCAUCUACUUCGGCAAGGGCUCCGAUGCCAUGAACUAUUUCGCCAGCAUCGGCUAUGCCCCCGCCGUGCCCAUGAAUCCCGCCGAUUUCCUUCUCGACCUCGCCAACGGUUUGGCUCCCGACGAAACACUGGAGAACCGAGCAGCUCUUAAGGAGACAUUGUUCUCUGCCUACUCUGACCACUUGCACGAUCAGAUAAUUGAGGAGCUCCAAGAAGUAGGCAGAGAAGUUAAAGUAUCUGAACCCCAUAAAACUACAAACGCAUGGUGCACAACCUGGUGGGAACAGUUCUCAGUGUUGCUGCGGAGAGAUAUGAAAGAAAGGAAGCACCAGGCCUUCUCCGGGCUCCAGGUUGCACAGAUUCUCGUAACGGCUUUUCUUGGAGGGUUUAUGUGGUUUGGAUCCGGAGGACAUGUUCAAGACCAGAUGGGUCUCCUUUACUUUGCCGUGGGAUUCUGGAGUUUCUACCCCGCCUACCAAGCCAUAUUCACUUUCCCACAAGAACGCACGAUGCUGACUAAAGAGAGAGUUUCGGGAAUGUACAGACUUUCCUCCUACUACGUGGCUAGAAUGGUCGGUGAUCUGCCCAUGGAGCUUAUCCUCCCCAUUGUCUUCAUCACCAUCACAUAUUGGUUGGGAGGUCUGAAGCGUACGGCGUCGAGCUUCUUCAUUACCCUUUUUGUCAUGCUUCUGGAGGUUCUUAUCGCCCAAGGCCUCGGGUUUGCGCUCGGGGCCCUGGUCAUGGACCUCAAGGCUUCGACGACGCUUGCGUCUGUGAUCUUGCUUUCCUUCAUGCUCGCCGGGGGUUUCUUCGUCCAGCAUGUGCCGCGCUUCAUUGCGUGGAUCAAGUACAUCUCCUACAUUUACUACACCUUCAAGGUCCAGAUAUCCUCACAGUUCUCUCCCGGCGAAACCUACCAGUGUUCCGGUGGCCAUAGAUGUCCCAUCGAAGAUGUUCCUAUGAUCAGUGCAGUUGGCCUUGAUCAUAGGAGUCUGGCGGUUGCGGCCUUGUUCAUGAUGCUCAUCUUUUUUAGGGUUGUAGCUUAUGUUGCCUUGAUGAGGAUCGGAAGGAUCAAAUAGGGCUAUGGUUCUUGCAUACAUGAACCCUCCAAAAACAAGUUUGUGGCUCAGCUGAAGGGUUUGUAGCUUGUAAUAUGAAGAGUUUAACAUAAAAAUACAACUUUAGGGGAGUUAUACAAAGUUGAGCAGGAAUAAAGGAGAACAUGCCACUUAGCACUUCCUUGGAUGACAGUGAUUUGUCAACUCUAUUCUUCAGUCAAUUUCAUGCAUCAAGACGCGAUGUUUAUGAAGAUGAAUAGUUUCUAGUGGCCAGUUUCAUGGGGA